UGGUAUAGAGACAAACAUCUCUGCACCAGAUGGAGAUGGACCAGUAACUUACACAGUCUCAUCUCUCACUGCUGGAGCUACAUACACAUUCACUCUCUUCUCUGUGUUUGAGAACAUCAGAAGCAGUGGAGUCAGCAUCACUGCAUCUACUGCUCCUCAAAAUGCUGCAAACUUCACAUCAUCAGGGAAAGAUCCGAACAGUAUCACUCUGCAGUGGAAUAAAGAUAACAACAACAUCAGCUUUGUUCUCAGUGUUAAUGGUAUAGAGACAAAUAUCAAUGCACCAGUUGGACCAGUAACUUACACAGUCUCAUCUCUCACUGCUGGGACUACAUACACAUUCACUCUCUUCUCUGUGUUUGAGAACAUCAGAAGCAGUGGACUACAGCUUACUGAGGAAAUACCCCCCAGCUGCGUACAGCUAGGUUGUCCUUCUGGCCUGGAUUGCAUCACUUUUAAUGGAAUAGACCAAUGUGUCGACCCCUGUCAGAACUACACCCCACUGAAUGAUGACUGGCGCUCAGUAAAUAACACAGACCUUUCACAUUACUACUGGGACUAUUAUUCUAUUAACUGGCAAGGCUGGUAUCGGCUGUCUCUCCAUCAAAACAGUGCUCAAAUCCCAGAGAGAUGUAUAGAAGCAAACCGAUGUGGAUCUUAUUAUCCGAUGUGGAUAACAGAACCUCAUCCCACACAGUCAGAUGGUGUAGUAAAUCGGACUGUGUGUGCUACUGUUGGUAGUACCUGCUGUUAUUUUACCCCACAGACCAUCCAGGUCAAACUCUGCUCUGAUUACUAUGUCUACAAACUUCAGAGACCAUCCUCCUACUACAUGGCAUAUUGUGCAGAGCAAAUUUUCCGACCAGCAGCACAAAAUGAGACCAGUAUCACUCUGCAGUGGCAUAAAGUCAACAACAACGUUAGCUUUGUUCUCCAGUUUAAUGGUACAGAGACAAACAUCACUGCACCAGAUGGAGAUGGACCAGUAACUUACACAGUCUCAUCUCUCACUGCUGGGACUAAAUACACAUUCACUCUCUUCUAUGUGUUUGACAACGUCAGAUACAGUAGAGUACAACUUACAGCUGUUACUGCUCCUCAAAAUGCUGCAAACUUCACAUCAUCAGAAAAAACUCAGACCAGUAUCACUCUGCAGUGGAAUAAAGAUAACAACGACAUCAGCUUUAUUCUCAGUGUUAAUGGCACAGAAACAAAUAUAAAUCCACCAGUUGGACCAGUAACUUACACAGUCUCAUCUCUCACUGCUGGAACUAUAUACACAUUCACUCUCUUCUCUGUGUUUGAGAACAUCAGGAGCAGUGGACUACAGCUUACUGAGGAACUACCCCCCAGCUGCGUACAGCUAGGUUGUCCUUCUGGCCUGGAAUGCAUCACUUUUAAUGGAAUAGACCAAUGUGUCGACCCCUGUCAGAACUACACCUCACUGAAUGAUGACUGGCGCUCAGUUAAUAACACAGAUCUUUCGUAUUGGUACUGGGACUAUUAUUAUAUUAACUGGCAAGGCUGGUAUCGGCUGUUUCUCAAUCAAAGCAGUGCUCAAAUCCCAGACAGAUGUAUAGAAGCAAACCGAUGUGGAUCUUAUUAUCCGAUGUGGAUAACAGGACCUCAUCCCACUCAGUCAGAUGGUAUAGUAAAUCGGACUGUGUGUGCUACUGUGGGUAGUACCUGCUGUUAUUUUACCCCACACACCAUCCAGGUCAAACUCUGCUCUGGAUACUAUGUCUACAAACUUCCGAGACCAUCCUACUACAGCACGGCAUAUUGUGCAGAGCAAAUAUUCCGAGCAGCAGCACAAAAUGAGACCAGUAUCACUCUGCAGUGGAGUAAAGUCAACAACAACGUUAGCUUUGUUCUCCAGUUUAAUGGUUUAGAGACAAACAUCACUGCACCAGAUGGAGAUGGACCAGUAACUUACACAGUCUCAUCUCUCACUGCUGGGACUGAAUACACAUUCACUCUCUUCUAUGUGUUUGAGAACAUUAGAAGCAGUGGAGAACAACUUACAGCUGUUACUGCUCCUCUAAAUGCAUUUAGCUUCAGACCUUCAGGACAAGAUGAGACCAGUAUCACUCUGCAGUGGAGUAAAGUCAACAACAACGUUGGAUUUAUUGUCCAGUUUAAUGGUUUAGAGAUGAGCAUCACUGCUCCAGAUGGAGAUGAACCAGUAAUUUUGACAGUCGGAUAUCUCACUGCUGGGACUAAAUACAAAUUCACCCUCUUCUCUGUGUUUGAGAAUGUUAGAAGCAGUGGAAUCAGCAUUGAUACAGCAACUGCUCCUCCAAAUGCUGCAAACCUCCGUUCUUUAAUCAACAAUGAGACCAGUGUCACUCUGCAGUGGAGUAAAGUCAACAACAAUGUUAGCUUUGUUCUCCAGUUUAAUGAUUUCGUUGUUGGAUUAGAAAUUGAAUUAAAUUCAUUAACUGAACUGUCAGAUUCAGAUCUCCAGGAUGCGCUGGCAGAGAACACCAUCCUCCACAACGCUCCUGAUCAUGCGUUUAUUCAGAGGACAAACCAGGACAAGAGCUCUUCGACCAGCUCCGAGGUGGCGUGGCCGCUGGACUUUGAGGGGCGAACAGAGAGAUUACCCAUCUAA